CUAAUCAUGGAGUUGCACUUUUUGCUAAAGUGAUAGAGAAUCAAGCCCUUGUUCUCCAAAAUAUUUCUUUGAUCGAGAAGGCCAAGAUCAUAAAGAUCUCGAUUUCAGCCAUUGAACAAAAAGUUGCACUAGCCAAAGUGGAGCUCAAGGUCACAAAGGAAGAGAUGAUAAAUGCUGAAAUAAGAUUUACCAAAUUACAAAGGUUAUAUGACAAAUAG